CCUACAGCAUCUCGCACAGCAACUCCACACGCAAAAAUGGUGGGGUGAAGCCUGGUUCCACGUGCGCGCGGUGCCAAGAUAUCCGAGCCCCACCUCUCCGAUUAUCCCUGUCGCGUCUCCGUAACUUUUUUGCGACAUCGACAUCGACGCAUCGCCGCUUGGAUUCCCUGUCGCAUGCGACACUACAGCCAAUAUCCAUCAUGCCUCACAAACACAGAGCCAUAGAAAAGGACGAUUCGCAGUUCAAUCUUCCGCCCGAUGUUCACGCCGCUCCUCUCCCUGUCGGCAAAGCGCGCACCUUCAGCACAGCACCCAAAGGCAAGAAGCGCAAGGUGAACCAGAUCGAUGGAUAUGGCGCGGACGACACACCCAAAGCCUUCCAACGGCUCAUGGCGUUCUCCAAGGGCGGAGCAAAGAAGCGCUCCGGUCUCGACGAUGGCAUGGUGAAGACCAAGAAACAGAAGAAACAAGAGGCAGCCGAAAACUUGGAAAAGGACGAAGCGAAUAACAAGAGUGAGGAGCAGACUCAAUCAAAGGAUGUGCUGAAGAUACAACCCGGAGAGUCAAUGCAAGAGUUCCGCGCUCGAGUCGACGCAGCGUUGCCCUUGUCAGGUAUAAACAAGAACGGCAAGAAGAUUGCAGGUCUCAGCGAUCACAGGGUUACCAAGCACGAGCGGCAUCUCAAGCGUCUACAGAAGGGAUGGAGGGAAGAAGAAGCCAGAAUACGGGAAAAGGAGCAGGAGGCUAGGGAACUGGCUGAAGAGGAGCAAGACGAGUUGGAUGCUAUGUGGGAGGAUAAGACAGCCGACAUAGAAACUACAAGAACGGUGAACGGCAAGAAGAAGAAAGCAAAGAAGAACAAGCGCAAAUUGCUAGCGGGUGAGGUAGACCAUGGCAGCGAAGACGAGUGGGAAGCUCUUAAGAAGAAGAGAGAGGAACGCAAGGGCCUACACGAUAUUGUGCAUGCGCCACCAACGUUUGACAAAGUACCGAGGGAGAUUUUCAAGGUCAAGAACGGAGCGGGUGCCAAGGUUGGAAACGUGCCCAAAUCAGCCGGUAGUUUGAGUAAGAGAGAGGCACUGGGCGAGGAGCGUCAAAAGAUGAUCGACACAUAUCGUCAGAUGAUGGCUGCGAAGAAAGAAACGCAUGCUUAGUUGGUGCAUUUCGGUUGAGCUUGAGAUACCCUAGAUACGUAAAUGAACCACGUCAUGCUUUGGAUAUCGAAUAUCUCCCCUAACCAGCAAACAUCAUUUUCUCCACCACUUUCACGCCAAACAUC